UGAGCGAGUGAGUGGGGCUUGUCGAUCGAUCCCCUUUUUAUUUUGAUUUCUUUUUCCAUGCCACCAUUUCCUCCUCCACUCGUGCGUGUGAAUCCUCAUCUUUAAUUUAUUCAUCAUCACCACCCCCAGCCUAGCUGCUGCCAUGGUUUCGCUCCUAGCUAGCUUCCCCAUCUCCUAGCAGCAGUACUGGUGCUCCCAAAUAAAAUAAUUGUGAAGGCACCAGUGGGAGUACCUGAAGGCACCAAAAUUAUGGCUGCUGCGCUGUUGGCCUUGGCCUGACCUUGUUUGAGUUUCCAUAUAUAGCAAAACCACUCUUCGUUUUUCUCCCUAGACCACCCGGCAGACCACACGCACACUACUUCUCCCAGGCAAGUCUCAGCUCAGCUCAGGUCUCCUGGUAUCAUAUAGCUUAUCGCAAAUAUCAUAUCGCGUCACCGUGUGACGGGCGGGCGUCUCGUUCCCUCUCCUACAAAUACCGGGCCGGGCGCGGGCGGGAUGGACGACGCGCCGUCUCAGGCGGCGGCCGACCUGUCGCUGACGCUGGCGCCGGCGCCGGCGAGCGCGGGCGGAGGGGGCGGCGGUGGGGGAGCGACGGCGUGCGUCGACGGCAAGGACGUGCGCCUCUUCCCCUGCCUCUUCUGCAACAAGAAGUUCCUCAAGUCGCAGGCGCUGGGGGGCCACCAGAACGCGCACAAGAAGGAGCGGAGCAUCGGCUGGAACCCCUACUUCUACAUGGCGCCCAAUGCCGCGCCGCCGAGCCCCACGGGGUACACCGGGUACGCCGGCGGCGGGGCGGCCGGGGCCGGGGUCGCGGGCGCGGGCGCGGCCGGCCUCCCCGCGCCGCACGCGUACGCCGCGGCUGGGCACGGGUAUUACGCCGCCCCCGUGCCGGCGCCGUUCCCCAUCGCUUCGCACAGCUCCAGCGCCGGCGGGCUGCAGUACUACGCGCCGCACGACGGCGCCGCGGCCUCGGCGUCGGCGGGCGAGGGCGGCGUGCUGGCCCCGCGCGCGCGCUUCGCCACAGACCAGCCGGUCCCGGCGGACCCGCCCGGCGCCGGGCGCGACGACCUGAUCGACAUGCUCAACUGGAGGAGGGGCUCCCACGGCCCCACCGCCUCCGCGGCCGCCACCACCGCCUCGCCGGCCAGCACCACCACCACCCUCACCACCUCCGGCGCCGGCGCCGCCGACGGCAGCACCAGCAACAACGACGACGACGGCGGGGAGCUCGACCUCAACCUCAGCCUCUAGCAGCAGUCUCUGCUCCAGCUAGCUCGCCCCCACAAGGUUAAUCGUGUACCGGCCUAUCCGUACGCUACGCGUGUCAACUUAAUUAGCUCCUAGGCACGUUAAUCUCCUUCCGUCCCUCCCUCUCUACUCUCUCUCCUCUCCCCUGUAUGUCAGUACGCCUCGGCAUCUCCUGUCCUUUUUGCCGUGUCCUGAAUUGUUUAUCGUCUUCUUUUCUUCCUCUUCCCUUCCUGAGGUUGAGGCCUUCGUUU